GGGGCAGUCAGUGUUCCUCCCAGCUGACUCUCGGCGCUGCUGAACCGCAAGAUACGCCUCGGUAGCUGGAUACAUAUAUAGAAAGAGAAAGAGGGGGGAGGAGGAACUAAAAAAAGAGCUGGAGUGAACAACAGAGACAAGAGAAGAAAAUAUCAACCAGCUGCUAGUCAUAAUAGCUACUGUAUUCCUGUUAUUCAAAUGUCUGUCUUUAUUAUUUUUUUCGUCCAUAAUACCGAGGGAUCGCCUAUUUUUUUCCAUUGAUUUCUUGAUUGCUUUUUUCCCCUAAUAUGAAGCUGUUUCUUUUCAAGUUGUCUUGUGUUAUUCGGAGUUUCACUACCAGCAUUGCUCUGUUAAGUUUCUCCGCAUCUCGCUGUAUCGUGCUUGCUAUUGCUUGGUGAUUUUUUUUUCCCCCCAGCGAUUUCGAUAUUUUGUCCUGAUCGCCAAACAUUCUGCUCAUUUAAUCAUGGACGAAUGAAGAAUUGUUUUGCGACGAUCAAGCCAGAUUGACAUUCUCUGUAAGGAACCACUCUGUUUAAAUAAAACGGGAAAAUAAUCGACAAUAUUGAAUUCGUUGCCUGUCGACGCGGGAAUAACAAGACACUUUUAUCUCCAUAUAUAUUUAGCUGUAAUAUUUUCAUGGAUCCUCGCAUUGAUUCAUCGGUUACAUAUGUACCAAAAUCCAUUUGACGAUUCUUUCAUGUUUAUCCAAGCGGAUUAUAUUGCGAACCCUGGGUACACUUAUAAUACCUGAAUGAGCAACGUUGUAUUCGUUUUUGCCAGCUUAUUUAACCGGUGGGCUUGAGACGUACUAAAAUUUGGAAUAUGGACAGGUUUUCAAAACUCAUUUCGUGCAGCUUGACGUGAAUCCUUCACGAAAUUCAGUUUACAGUUAAUCGGUAAAUUGGCAGCUGGUUCCUCGGCUCCUUCCUGUCAAAGCAGCCUACUCCUCUUAAGGCAUUAGCUGUCGACUUGCAAUGUCCAGGCCGAUCUCUCAUCUUGUGCCCCCUGACAUCCCUGCUGGAGCUAGUCCACAAUUUGGAAGCGGUAACCAAGCAGGAAUGACCCCGGGUGCGGGACACCCGACUUCCAUGGCCAGUUUGAAGUCCCUUCUGCAGUCACCCUCAAAUUGUGAUCAGAGGAGCAAGGACUGCCGCGAUAUGAAAGAGAAAGAAGAGCCAGAGGAGAUGUCCAGCUCUAUGGAUGGUGGUGACCAUGGGAGAUCCCUGAAAGCCCCCUCCCAGUCAGCCUUUCUGGGCCCCCUGCUGUGGGAGCGCACUCUGCCCUGUGAUGGCAGCUUGUUCCAGCUGCAGUAUAUGGACCUGGAGGAGUUCCUCACCGAGAACGGGAUGGGGAGCCUGCACCAUGGCAGCUCGAGCUCCGCCCAGAUUCCCUCCCAGAGUUCCCAAUCGACCAUCCCCAGCCAGAGCUCUCAGUGUCCCCCGUCCCCCCCACCUCCAUGCUCAUCGUCGUCCUCCAUCUCCUCACCUAUCUCUUCAUCUCCCUCAUCUCCUUCACUGCUGCCGCUCAAUGUGCAGCAAGCAGGGCCAAGCUUGCGAGCAGAGUGUCUCCACGGAGGCCAGGCAGGGUCUCUGGAUUCUUCCCCCGCACAAUCAUCAUCUUCCUCUUCCUCCUGUCCCCCGCAUCCACUCCCCACCUGCUCUGAUGGGAAUGAAAUCAUAGUGAACUUUGACCCCGACCCUGCAGACCUGGCACUGUCCAGUAUUCCCGGACAGGAGGCCUUUGACCCACGGAGACGUCACUUCACCGAGGAAGAGCUCAGACCUCAGCCGAUAAUCAAGAAGGCCCAAAAAAUGCUGGUACCAGACGAAAUGAAGGAUGAAAAAUACUGGAACCGGCGGUGCAAAAACAAUGAUGCGGCCAAACGAUCGCGGGACGCCAGGCGCCUGAAGGAGAACCAGAUCUCUGUGCGGGCGGCUUUCCUGGAGCGGGAGAAUGCGACCCUGCGGCGGGAGGUGGCCGACAUGCGCAAGGAGCUGAGCCGCUGCCGUGAUAUUCUCAGCAAGUACCAGAGUCGCCACGGAGACCAUUAAGGCGAGACCACGAUGUGUGGAGGACGGGAGGGGCAGCUCUCAGGAGAUGAUGUCAUAGAGGGAUAAAAGCAAGAAUCUCACUCCAUUUUAACUAUUGUAAACAUAUAUAUUUGUGAACUAAAGAGAACCUGAUGGUCAAUAGAGAAAAUUGUUGUAGAUCUCAGAGAACAAGUGAAGAGGGAUGAUUUUUAAGAAAUGAUUGCAAAAAUAUGUUGCCAUAGGAAACUAUUUUUUUAUAUUUAUAGAACGAGAUAGGGCAGGAGAGGACAUUAUACAAUCAUUUUGUAUAUUUUAUAAAUUAAUGGACGGGAUUUUAAAUAUACAAAGAAAUGAAGAAAAGGUACAUUUGUUAACACAGAAUAUAUUUGAAAUGGGAAUGGUUUAUAGAAGAAUAGACAAGCUUAUAUUGAGGGUGAAGUGAUGUAAAAUAUUUGUUUCUCUUAGACUGGCAUUGGGAGUAGAGUUUUUACGGAAGCACACUGAAAAACGGUCCUAAAUUGUGUUGUGAAGUCAUUAAUUUUUUAUGCUCUUUAAAUCUUCUGAAAUCAAUAUGUGUCUCUGAUUUAAGUAGUAUGGAAAUAAGAGGGACAGUGUGAAAUCAAUCAGCUUCAAACUAUAGUCUAGAUGUUUUAAUAUUUCAAAGGAUAGACAUGUUUUAACCCCAAAUGGGGCCCUGGGAGUGGGCAGUCUCUACUCAGCGGUGCAAAGCAAUGUAGCCGUAGAGGACGCUGUGCCUCUCUCUGCGGGGCUGAGGCACCGAAUCGAUCUGGCCUACACUCACCCGGGCCGAUAACCAGUUUGAUGAGCACCUCGGCAGUGUGCCGCCUGCAGAACAACACAUCACUCCCCCCCAUGGCCUGAAUCAGCACUUUCCUUAUCUUUUUUUUUUUUCUUUUUUUUUAACUGUACCUCGUACAUAACUGUGGUUCUCAGAUAGGGUGUCGUGGGUCAAAACUGCAUUACUGUUUUUUUUUUUUUAACCAAUAUUAAAAAUAUUGUAUAAGAACAAAAUCCUCUGAAAAACAAAUAUACUGCUAAAUUAUUAACUUUGUGUAAAUCCUGGUUUAUAAGCUAUGAUUGAAUACUUAUUGAAUACUUAAGAUUAUAUUCAUUAAUGUAUUGUUCUUGGAGACUUAAUUCUAAUAAUUGAAUUACAUAAGUGUAGUCUUUUUUAAAUGUUAUGAAUAUUACUUAUUAUAAAAGCUCAGGAUAUUUUACUAAAAUAAAAAUGUUUCCAAUCUGUGGCCUUUAAGCCUUGGAUACUGUUCACUGGCUUCUCUCUCACGCCUACAGCUGACAUUUCCUCAGUUAUGCUCUGUUUGUGUAACUGUUCUCUAUAACGUCUUCCAUCAGUCAUUAAUCGCAGUCUCCCUGUUAUCAACAUAAAUCACCAACAUGUUAAAAGUGAUAUUCCAUUCUUUUAUUCUGUAUGUACAGUGUAUGUCUGGAUGUGUGAGUAUGUAACUGUAUGUGUAUACAUGCAACAUAAGAUUCUGACAGAUAUGCAGUAUUUCAGAUUUAUUGGAGUAAAAUGAUUAGACAUCCAUUUUUAGGGAUUGUUUUACUUUGUUACUUCUGAACCAGUUAAUUCUUAAUAUCCAGCUCAUUUUAGGUGAAGUAUAUAGAAUAAAGCAAUUUUGCAAUGCAAUCAUUGGGCCUCCUAAGCCAAAGAUUAAAGAUGUAUUAUCAGUUCCAUA